AUGGCGGACAAGGGGGACUCAAAACCAGUCAAGACUGUAACCACAGCGGACUUGAAAGUGACGAUGUUCAAAAGGCUGGAAGCCUCCACUGAACCUACUGAAAGAAGGAAAGUCAGAGAAAAAAUGGAAGAGCUGCUCCAGCUGUGGCAAACAAGAAAACUCAUCUCAGAAGAUGACAAGCCAGGUCUUACUGUAAAACAACGAAAAGCAGUUGUUGACUAUGAAAACGGAGAAUAUCUGCAACAUGCUACAGCCUGGGAGAAAGCGGGGAAAAAAGGAUUCGGCACUGCAUAUAGAGCAUUUCAGAAAGCUGAAAAGAGGAAGGCUCGUGCCACGAGUCUUCUUUUCCAUCUUAAAUAUGUACCACCAAAUGCGGAGGGUACAAUCUGCGUGGUCAAGAAAGCGGGAGAGACAAAAGAUGACAGCAAAGAUCAGAAGACACACAUCUCUCAAACUCCUCAGCUCUACCCAGAUUUGUCCCAAGUGGCCGACACUCCGGCAUACUUAUCCAAUAGCAAUCCUUUCCCUUCCACUUCCAUUCAAGCACCCGUGUACAAGGUGAGUGGAGGAGUUUUGGAACUCGAGGAAAAUGAGAGAAGCGCACGUAUGGGAUCCGUGCUGAAACAACUCACAAAACUCUCAGACGAGGAACAGAGAAUGGUGGAACAUGGCAUGAGGGAACACAGCAUGAGGGAACACCGCAUGAAAAUGAAAGACAGAGGGUUCCAGAAGGAUGUUCUCUCAACCCCAGUUCCAGCACACUUGCCCCACAGUAUCUUGGAGGCUGCCCAGACCUCUCAUCCUGUCCAAUCACUAUAUCAUCCCCAGUCACUUCCAAAUUCCUCUGGAGGUCUGGAGAGCAUGACCAUGGACAAAGAAGCAAGACAAAUGAGUGGAGAUGGAACAAAGCAAAAGGGAUCACAAGGAAUGGCUGAGCUAUUGACCCGAACAAACUAUCAUGACUACGUGGGACAGAGUGUGACACAAGGGAUUGGAUCAUCAAGGGAGAAGGACUGGGGAGGUCAGAAGGGCGCAUCACAAGCGGGAGGAUUCCAAGGGGAUGCAGAAAAGGAUCCCAGCAGAAAGAACUCAGUUACAGAAGACGGCCGAACGAAAUUAACCAUACUGGAAGGAAGCAUGACAGUGGCUGAAGAAGCCUCCAUCGCCAGCAGAACCAGAAGACAGGAUCAAGUAAGAAAGUUGCAGGCCCCCCUCAUGACAACUCAAGGAGGGAACAUGAUAUACCAACCAUGGAGUCAUCGAGACUUGGAGGGUUUGGUGUCCAAACUUCCUCCCCUCAGCGGCGGAGGACAAAAGUGGAUUUCGGAAUUUGAAAAGUAUACUGCAGGAGACAGAGUGUGUGUGGGUGAUUUGAGAUGUGUCAUCGCCAGACUGGAAGGAAGUCUGAAGGCGAGGGAAAUUGACACUAAAACAGGAUGCAGUGGGGCGGAUGAUGAACUGCCGUUCAAUGCAUGCAGGAAUCACUGCUGGACUGCCCUGAGAGACACCUACCCCACCACUCGCAGCCUGACAGCUAUGUCCAGCCUGAAGAAAGGAAUUGAAGAAGACAUGCAUCUUUUCUUAAAAAGGAGCGAAGGCGUCUGGAUAGACGGCACUGGAGAGAGACAUGACUUCACCCCAGCAGUCACCAUGCUAUGGAGAAAUGCAGUGAUAAAGGCCCUGCCUCCUCGAGUUCGAGAACAACUGGAGGAUGUGGUGGGACUAGACACAAAGUCUAAUGAGGAAUGGAGAGAAUACCUUGUACACCACGACCUUAAGAACAGGAAAACAGAAGGAGAUAAAAACGAAGAAGUGAAUGCGCUUACCAAGAGAUUGCUAAGGAUGCAAGUGGCUGAAAAAGACAGCGAGGCUUCAAGGCUUAAGAGAGAGAAGAGACAAAUGGUGAUGGGUUCUCCAGCUGCAGUGGAAUUCGAAGCAGAAGGGCAAGCGCAGCAACAGGCUGCACUGGAGAGCCACGCGGAGAACAGUGGAGAGCGGGAGGAAAUCGCUACAGAGCCAGAGUACAAGACCAGUCAACUAGGUGCUUUGGUUGUGGAGAUCACAGCCAUUGGCUCAAAGAUUGCCCAAAUUAUCAAAGUGCUCAGUGGAGGAGCUGAAGCAAGAUCUUUAGGUCCCAUGGUCAAAAAAGCCAGAACAAUGAACUGGCUCCCUACCAACAUUGCCCGCAUAUGGAAAUCAGACGACGAGACCAUGUGGAAAAUAACUCAUCACAGUAUGGAUGUUGGCAUCUUGGAACAACACGAACUGGAAAGGGAUCAUGGGAGAGAACACACCAACCAUCCUGACACCGAAGAAACCCUAAAGACAGUACCACACUAUCUGUGGGCUACUGGAGACUAUGAUGUAGGUUAUGUACCUAAUCAUCAGGUCUCAGUCACUCUGAGACCUGGGCAGAUGUCAUGUUGGUUGCCACAAUACAACCUCAAGAAGGAACAGAUUGAAGGUAUAGGAGCAACAAUCACUGGACUUCUAGGUGCAGGAGUAAUCAGACCCUCAAACUCCACCUGGAACACUCCUAUUUUGCCAGUCCCAAAAGCAGGCAACAAAGGCUGGAGAAUGGUUCAUGAUCUAAGAAGAAUCAAUUCAGCCACCGUUUCACAACACAUCCCUGUACCAGACCCCUAUGUGGCGCUACAAAAUCUGAACCCUGAACACAAGUACUUCACUGUGAUAGACUUGGCAAACGCUUUCUUUUGUUUACCAUUGGAUCCUGAAGUACAGGACCUGUUUGCAUUCACAUACAGAGGACAGAGAUACACCUACAACAGAAUGCCACAAGGGUACAAAGAUAGCCCAGGGUUGUUCAAUCAAGCGCUGAAAAAGGAUUUAACCAUGUUACACCUACCACAGGGUGUAACUCUGAUCCAGUACGUUGACGACUUGCUGCUCGCAGGUACUACUGCUGAGUCGUGUCUAGAAGCUACAGCUGAUCUCCUCGCACUACUUGCUAGAGCAGGAUACAAGGUGAAGAAGGAGAAAACACAAGUCGCUAGAAGAUCAGUCACCUUCUUAGGAAGACUAAUUUCUGCAAACAGUCUGACCUUAACCAAUGCACAAAGGACCUCAAUCCUGUCACAUGGCAAACCAAAGACUGUACAACACAUGCUAGCAUUUCUCGGUCUGACGGGUUAUAGCAGAACUCAUGUACCAGAGUACGUCAAUCUGACCCAACCUCUCAGAGACAUGCUUGCGGAAGCAGGAAACAGAAACCUCACCGCUGAACUUAUCUGGACCAUAGAAGGCGAGGAAGCCUUCACCAAGACCAAGCAAGCCUUGGGACAAGCUGCCCAUCUCUGCUCCCCAGACUACAAUGCGGACUUUCAUUUGGAUGUUUCUGAAACAGAAGGGAUGGUAAAUGGUGUUCUGUUCCAGAAAAAAGGGGGAGAGAGACAUGUACUGAUGUACCACAGCUCAAAAUUGGACAGUGUGGAGCUAGGACAAACAGGUUGUGCAAGACAUUUGGCUGCAUUGGCAAAGACAAUCAAGAAGACGGCACACGUGGUGAUGUGCCAUCCACUCAAAGUAAACACUACGCAUGGAGUAGUGGCUUUUCUAAACUCACAAGCUUUCACUUUUUCACCAGUCAGGAAAAUACAAAUUGAAGAAGUGCUGACUAAACCACACAUCACAUAUGUGGCAGAGACAAUUAACAUGGCAACAGGACUGAAUUCAAAAAACCACGACGCUCAUGACUGUGCAUUCGUCUCACAACAAGACCUCAAGAUAAGGUCAAAUUUGGAAGCAGAGCCACUUCAAGAUCCAGAGCAAACUAUAUAUAGUGACGGCUGUUGCUAUAAAGGAGAAGAAGGAAAUGUGGCUUCUUAUGCUGUGGUGCAACAAAAUGGAAAAGAGAUAAUAACAUUGGAAGCUUGCAUCAUUUCACAACCAGCCUCUGCGCAACUAGCAGAAAUAGUUGCGUUAACACAAGCGUUAAAACAUGGAGAAGGCAAGAGAGUAAACAUAUACACAGACUCAGCCUAUGCUCAUGGAGCAGUCCACAUUGACGGACCUCAGUGGAUCAGAAGAGGUUUUUUGACUUCAUCCAAAACUCCUGUUAGACAUACUGAAGCCUUAAAAGCCCUACUAAAAGCUGUACUACUGCCAUCACAGGUUGCUGUAAUAAAGUGCAAAGGCCAUCAGAAAACAGAUACAGCAGUAGCAAAAGGCAAUGACGCAGCAGAUAAGGCAGCUAAACUAGCAGGCGGCUACAUACAGCAAAUGAUUUGUCUAAACAGUGAGAGAGAAGGAGAGCUGACUUUGGAGAGCAUUAAAGAAAUGCAGAAACUAGCAGGUCCAUAUGAACAAACGCAAUGGGUUCAAAAGGGUGCCGCCCAUACAGAAGGACUGUGGAGAGCACAUGAUGGCAGGCUAGUGGCACCAGCUAAGUUAUGCCACAUGCUGAUAAAACAAGCCCAUGGCCCCACACAUGUUGGAAAAUUAAGAACAACAAGAGAUGUCGAGGUACAAUGGUGGCAUCCAUACAUGAAAGAGAUGGUGGAAAAUUUUGUGACAGAGUGUGACACCUGCAACAAUUUUAAUGACAAACGAACAUACAAGUGUCCAAUGGGUCGGUUUCCAGUUCCAGAUGCUCCAUUUAAGGAGAUAUGUAUUGACUAUACUGACAUGGGAGCAGACAAUGUUGUGAGAGGAUACAGAUAUAUCCUGGUGAUGGUUGAUCGUUUCACCAGGUGGAUUGAAGCCAUCCCCUGUAAAAAAGAGGAUGCCAACUCUGGAGACCGAUGCCUGGCCCUCCAAGAGAAGGAGGGCAUGGACCUGUUUUAG